AUGAGCACAAGGGGAAUCUUGAGUUUGGAUCAUCGGUUUAUCGUGUCCGUAGUCGCGUAUUCAGCAUCGAAUCGGCCAGAUGUUGUUCCAAAGAUUGCCCGUGAAGCUGUGGAGAAAGUUGGUCCGUCUAUAUUUCCUAAACUGAGAGAGGCUCUUGUGAAAACUGCUCCUUUGGUUGGAUUUCCACGGACAAUUAAUUCACUGAGAGAAAUGUCCGCAGUCGCUCCAAAGGAGUGUAUGGAUGUGUAUGCGAGAGCAAGUGAUGCUACCGUUGACACCCAAAAACGAGGCAGAGAGUAUUUUGGCAAAACUUAUGGAAAAGUGACACAACGAGUACUGGACUCUAUGACAAAUUCUUCUCUUGAUCUCGCAAACUUGGCUAUUGACUAUGCUUACGGUAAAGUGCUUUCAUACUCUGGUGUCAUAUCUCCUCUGGAGACAAGUUUCGUGAUUAUCGCUGCCCUCAUACCCCUCGAUGUGAAUCCCCAGCUCCGUGGUCAUUUGAAAGGAGCUCUGAAUCACGGUGCGUCAAGAGAGGAGGUUAUGGAAGUUCGUUCUAUUGCUCUUGACAUUGCUCGCCAAUGUGGAAUUCAAUUGACAACCGUGGAGUCUUUGUAG